AUGGCAGCGAAAGGACCAAGUGCCACGACUCUCAAAUGGUGUCAGCAGGAAAUCGGGACGAUUCGUAAAGGAAUCGGGAUGUUGGUGAGGAGUCAGAUGGGAUACGAUGGACGGAGAAUAGAGCGGCAGAUCCGAAGGAAAGUACUGCAGACUGUUGUCAUGGGAGGACAGGAGGUUGAUCCGCUCAAGGUGAGAUACAGUAAUUUCAGUUCCUCAUUUCUGAUUUCCAUUUCAGGAGCCAAACAAAUCUAACGCCUCACUCCUUUCCACAGCACUUCCGUCCGCUGACGAAGCUCUUCAAAGAGCGCGAAUUGUGGCCGCCGGAAUCGAAACAUUCGCAAGACUGAUGGCUCAGGGUACCUAUCCCGGAUCGGCUGGUUACACAAUUUCGGAGAACGGAGAGAAAGUGUUCGUCAAAAACAACUCUCCCAUCCAAACCACAUUGGUGACAAACCUAAUGGCAACUGCUGAAAAAGUGGGAAAGGGUGCCAUAUCACUCGCUCCAUUCCCUCUGCCGACUAUCACAAAACUAGGAGCUUGGGCGAUUGCCAAUCCCAAAACGGAACUUCCGAUUCCACCGCAAUUGAAAGCUGCAAUUCCUGCCAUUGGUCAAGUGGAAACACUUAUUCAGUCAGUCCUGGGAGUAAAUGGAGGCCCACCUUCUUCUGAUAAAACUCCACGAGAGCCGAGAAAGCUUAAAUUGGAAGGAGUUACCGAUAAACAUUUCAUAGAAUUCGCCGACGUUUCUACAAAGCCUAUUGAUAAAACCUUGACGAAAGAAGAGGCAGAAUUCUUGAUUGAAGCGGCAAAAUCAGUUCAAGACGACAAUGCUGAGAAUGCGAUUUACGGGGAGAAACCUAAAGUGUAUAGACCAGAAUUGCCGAAAAACUUUGAAGUAAAACUGGAAGCUAACGAUAUUCACACGCUCACCAGAAGCAACGAAAGCUCAGUUCCUGCAACUAGAAUCGGGAGGUUCGCCACUUUCGGAAAGCUCGCAUUUGGGCUGCUCGGAGGAGCAACUGCUGAAGUGACCAGGAGGACGUUCGGAAUGGGGAAGAAGUUGCAGGAAGGAGUGCCCAAGAACCCAUUCCUUUCAGAGGCAAACGCUGAUAGAAUAGUGGCCACGCUGUGCAGAGUAAGCUUGCGUUUUAUACACUUGGUUGAAAAAUGAAUUAUAUUUUCAUAGGUCCGUGGAGCCGCUCUCAAGCUAGGGCAAAUGCUGUCGAUCCAGGACAGCUCGACAGUUUCUCCUGCUCUCCUUCAGAUCUUCGAACGCGUCCGUCAAUCAGCGGAUUUCAUGCCGCUCAAACAAGUGCAUCGUCAGAUGAGAGACGCGUUUGGCGAGGACUGGAGGGAUGCAUUUUCGCAGUUCGAUGAUAAACCCUUUGCGUGUGCUUCCAUCGGACAAGUGCACAAGGCCAUUAUGAAGGACGGACGGGAAGUCGCAGUCAAAAUACAAUAUCCAGGAGUCGCCGAAGGAAUUGAUUCGGAUAUCGACAAUCUAGUUUCGGUUCUUUCUGUCGGUGGAAUAUUUCCGAAAGGAAUGUUUUUGGACGCAUUUGUAGGUGUUGCGAGAAGAGAGUUAAAGCAGGAGUGUGAUUAUGAACGAGAGGCCAGAGCCAUGAAGAAGUUCCGAGAGUUGAUUGCCGAUUGGAAGGAUGUUUACGUUCCGGAGGUAAUUGAUGAGCUCUCUUCGUCUCGCGUGCUCACUACAGAGCUCGUCUACGGAAAACCAGUGGAUGCGUGCGUGGAAGAACCGCAAGUGGUCAGAGAUUACAUAGCUGGAAAGUUCAUUGAACUUUGUCUCAAAGAGGUUAAUAAACGUAUAAUAUUGCCAAUCCAGUUGAAUACCUUCAGAUCUUCGUCUGGCGUUUCAUGCAAACUGAUCCCAACUGGUCCAAUUUCUUCCUCGGAAAGCACCCGAAGACCGGCGAACCCCGACUCGUUCUCCUCGAUUUCGGAGCAUCGCGAGCUUACGGAAAAAAGUUUGUGGAUAUUUACAUGAAUAUCAUCAAGGCUGCAUACGACGGAGAUAAAAAGAAAAUAAUCGAGUAUUCACGAGAUAUUGGAUUCCUGACUGGAUACGAGACGGCAGUCAUGGAGGUCGCCCAUGUCGAAUCAGUUAUGAUCAUGGGAGAGACAUUGGCCAGCCACCAUCCUUACAACUUCGCAAAUCAAGAUGUGACAAAGAGGAUUCAGAAGCUGAUUCCAGUGAUGUUAGAGCAUCGACUGACUUCUCCACCAGAAGAGAUCUACUCACUUCAUCGCAAACUGUCCGGGUGCUAUCUUCUUGCCGCCAAAUUAAAAGCGACCGUCUCUUGUGGAGGCCUAUUCCACGAAAUAAACGACAACUAUGUGUACGGAGAGGAUGGAAAAGAUGUUAAUAUCGACUGA